GUCGCCAUGGUAACCGGGCCGCGGCCGCCAUGGCGGCGCCGCCGGAGUCGCUGCUGCGGUACAGCCAGCCCGUGCUGGUGUCCCGGCGAGGAGACAAGGCCUCCGCGGCGAGUCAGCCGCUGAAGGGGUCCCCCCAGCGAACACCCGCCAGCAUCCCCUCCUCGCAGCAGCCGCAGGAGCUCCUGAACGCCAUCCUGCCGCCGCGGGAGUGGGAGGAGGCGCGGAAGCUCUGGAUCCAGGAGGUGUCCACAGCGCCCAGCACCCGCCGGGACGUCGUGCUGCUGCAGGAGCAGCUGGACCGGCAGCUGCAGCAGCGGCUGGCACGGGAGACCGGGCUGUGCCCCGUGCGCAGGGAGCUCUACACGCAGUGCUUCGACGAGCUGAUCCGACAGACCACGGUGAGCUGCGCCGAGCGAGGGCUGCUGCUGCUGCGGGUGCGGGACGAGCUGCAGCUGACCCUGUCCGCGUACCAGGCGCUGUACGAGAGCAGCGUGGCCUUCGGCGUGCGCAAGGCGCUGCAGGCCGAGCAGGGCAAGGCGCACCUGGAGAAAAGGAUUGUAGAGCUGGAAGAGGAAAAGAAGGAGCUGGAAAAACAAGUGAGCGAAGAGAAAGCAAAAUGUGAGGCUAUUGAAAGGCAGGAAACUGAAAGGAGAGAAAUAGAAGAGAAGAAACACAGUGAAGAGGUUCAGUUCCUCAAACGGACAAACCAGCAGCUGAAGGCCCAACUUGAAUGCCUCAUUGCAGCAAAGAAUUAAUUGUUUUGUUGUCCUCAAGGCAGGCUCAGAAGAGCUGUCAGAGCAAGAAGCUUGCAAUUAGUGACAAAGAUUUGUCUUCCUAAAACGAUCUUGAGUUUUCACUUACCAGUAACAGCAGGCAGCAUAACUGUGUUCUUUCUUUCUCUCUUGAAGAGUUGAAAUUCAAGAGCUUCAUUAAUUACUGCUCCCUCCUUCAGAGCCAUCUCAGCAGUCAGCUCUUUGAACAGUGAACUUCUCUGGGACUUGCCUGUUGGUAACGUGCUAAUGACCGUCAGAGCAAUAACUAAUAAACCUUUUUAAAUGCAAA